AUGGAAUCUGCCGUUCUUUCAUUCCUGGAUUCAUUGAUCGGUUCUGAAGGAGUAAAGGGUGCAUUAAUAGCGGAUGAACACGGAUUAUGUUUAGGAGGAUUUAUAUCAGCAAUAGCAACAUAUGCUAAAUCUUUGCAUGAUGAUCCAAAUGUUCAGGUUCCCACUAUAAAAAUUGAAACCGAUAAAUCUGGUAGACAUUCAAAUUUCUUUCCAUUUUCUUUUCCUUUAAAAUAUUCUCAAAGAUAUAUGUAUAAUGGAACAAUUGAUUUAAAAGAUCAAGUACCAUUCUACAUGUUGGAUAUCCUAUGCGCAGCAGAUGAGUUAAUAAUCGAUGACUUGAUAGAAUACAUCCAAACGUACUUAAUACAAAAUAGACCAACAUGGAUAAUUGAAAAUUUAGUCGAAAUCCUUAAUAUAGUUUCACCAAGACCUGCACUUUCCAAAUUAACAAAUCAUUGUUUGGAAGAAGUCACAUUAUUAAAUCCUUCAACAUUUUUUAAAUCUGAAUCUUUUUUAAAUCUGAGUGAAGUUGCUUUAGUUGAAUUAUUGAAACGUGAUGAUAUCUGCAUGAAUGAAUACAAGUUAUGGAAUUGCGUUUUAAAAUGGGGUAUCGCAAAUACCCUUUCCUUAAGCUACGACUUGGAUGAUGAGAUGAUCAGAGAAAAUAGCUGCAAUGAUACAUAUCUCUUUAAAUGGACUUCAGAAAAUUAUCAAAAUUUGGAAAAAACGUUAAAAAAUUGCAUUCCACUAAUUAGGUUUUUUGAUAUUUCAUCGAAUGAAUUUAAUAAGUUGAGUCCAUAUUCAAAAUUAUUACCCAAAAAAUUAUUGGAUGAUCUAACACGUUAUCAUAUGACGAGAGACGUUCAUUCAACCCAAAGUUAUGAUAUCCCUCCACCAAGAUCAUGUGGUGCACAAAUAGAAUCCAAGAUAAUAAAUCAAAAACAGGCGGUAAUACUAGUUAAUUGGAUAGACGGUCACGGCACAUCUUACCCGCGAACAUCAAUACCAGGACAAAAAGAAUGUUUUGUUUUCUCUAUAGAUUCUACUGCUAAAACCACCUUAGAUGAAAAUCACGUAUUAUCUAAAGUUAUUCCAGAAUAUAGGAAAAGCGCCAUCUUUGAUCAUCCAUGGAAUGGUCCUUGUUUUGGUACCGGUCCUGACCUUUGGGUUAACACUGAUCCUAAUAAUCCAAUUGGUCAUGCUACUAGGAAAAGUUAUCAACAUGCUAUCAUGAAAUCGAGGGAUUUUCAUUGGGAGGACUGGGAAGUUUUUUCGAUAAAAAGAAAUGUACCAGAAUAA